UCGAUCGCCGGUAUCGCCACCAACAUCGUGAACAUGGUGAUCUUCCUCAAGCUUGGUCUGGAGGACAGUAUGAGUGUUGGACUGCUGGCACUCUCUUUCACGGAUCUCUCAGUGACCGCCAUACAGCUGGCCGGGUGCAGCUCCUACCUGGUGAAUGUCAUUUACCCCGAGAGCCCCAUCGAUCCGUGGUCUCUGGGCGCAUUUGUCUUCAGCUGGGCCCGGUACAUCACCUACUUGAUCUCAUGCUGGAUAACCACGAUGAUAUCAGCCGAGAGGUGCUUUUGUGUGGUCUCCCCUUUUACCGUAAAGCGAGUUUUCACCAAAACACGUUGCGUGUGCGUCAUUCUGACCAUCUACUUGGUCCAUUUCGGCAUCCACCUACCAAUCUUUCUUUACGCCAAAAUGGAGUGGACGCGAAAAGCUAUCGCUGAAAACACAACCAUCCUCGGGCGCUCUGUCUUGACCGUGGUCUUCAAUGAUGACUCGGCCAUGUGGGAGAUCUUAUCAGAUCUUAUAGCUGGGGUUGGGCUUUCGGUCUUGUCUCAGGUCCUCCUUGUGGUCUGCACGUUUUGUAUGACCUACUCUCUGAAAGUAUCUUCUAGAAUCCGCAGUAACACCAGCACGGUCAGUGGAGAUUCAGUAUCUAAACUAUCCGACAUUGCAUCAAGAAAACCAGAUCACAAUUUGUCAGACCGUGAAAGGAGGCUGGUUAAGGUCGUGUUAUUUCUGGCUGUCAUUUUGACCGUUUGUAACAUUCCAAGAUUUCUGACCACCGCCGUGCAUCAUAUUCUCCCAGGUAUGAAUCUUGGAGCGUAUAAGAACCUCGACACUUUGCUGUGGGAAGUUUCGUAUAUUUUCGGCACGAUUUGCUGCACCAGUAAUAUUGUGGUCUACUUACAGCUCAACUCAAGUUAUAGAAAAAUGUUUAAAAAAAUAUUAUUUUUAGAUGAUUAG